AUGGAUGAUCCCUUUGCCAGCGGCUCUCCAGUCCGCAGGGCAGCAUCAGCCAGCGAGGCCACCAGCCUCUUCCUCUCCGCCCAGCUCUCCCCCAGGGCCAUCACUGAUUUUCUUCCCCUGAAAUGCGACGCGUGUGAGGAAGUCUUCUGUAAAGAUCACAUCCGUUACGAUGACCACAAGUGUAGCUCUGCCUACAAGAAAAAUGUGCAGGUUCCAGUGUGUCCGCUCUGUAAUGCACCCGUCCCAAUCCAGAAGGGGGAAAUACCGGAUAUGGUGGUUGGAGCCCACAUGGAUAAGGACUGCAAAUACAAUCCAGCACAGCAAAAACAGAGGAUCUUCACAAACAAGUGCUUAAAGCCAGGCUGCAAAAGGAAAGAGAUGAUGAAGUUAGUUUGUGAACAGUGCAGCGGCAACUUCUGCAUCAAACAUCGGCAUCCUCUGGAUCACGACUGUAAAGGGAGCAGCCAUCCCACCUCCAAGGCAGGGUAA